AAAUUAAUUUGUAGUUGUAUAAUGGCGUUAUAGAUUGGUAUUUUUAAGUUAUUUCCUAAAUAGAACACAUUGUAAUCCAAGAGCUUCUAGUGUUCUAUUCAAGAUGAUGGCAGGUAAAGUAAUGCCGGAAAAUGAGGAUCAAAACAGAAUAAGAUUUCAAGUGGAGCUAGAGUUUGUUCAAUGUUUGGCCAAUCCUAAUUACAUACAUUUUCUCGCACAACGGGGCUAUCUAAAGGAGCAGAACUUUGUGAACUAUCUACGCUACUUACAGUACUGGCGAGAACCAGAGUAUGCACGGUAUCUCAAGUAUCCUAUGUGUUUGCAUUUUUUGGAAUUACUACAGCAUGAAGCAUUCAGAAGGGAAUGUGUCUCAGCACAGGUAUGCAAGUUUAUGGAUGACCAGGCGAUACUGUUGUGGCAGCAUUAUACUCGGCGACGCACGCGCACCCUGCAGCCGCCAGACGCACCCGCGCCCCCCGCGCCUCCCGCGCCACCCCUACAACUCCCAUCGCGACACCAAUCAUAAUGUACUAUAGAUAACCACUUAAUAUUGUACACAUUAUAUAAACGAGAUACUUGCAAUUGGUGAUUACCAUUGCAAGUAUCUCGUACACAUUUUAAUACACGAAGCGAAAACUUGGUGAAUUUUUAGUCAAAUAUGACUGAUUUAUUGUUAAAUCGGUGGUCAGUCUGUCGUUUCCCAAAUUCUAGCCCUUUCAAGUUCACGGAUAAUUACAGAUCAGAAAAUUGCAGUCCUAAUGUUUGUAUUAUUCGUGGUAAAUAACGAUUUACAAUUAUAAAAUAAUACAUAAAUUUCUUACUGAAUUAAUUUUAAAUUAGAACAGACAACAAAUGUAACUUUCCAAAUUGCU